AAGAGACAACAUAAUAUUAAUCCACCAAUCAAUCUCCAACAAGACCACAUUUAAUCUAAUAUACGGUACACAAACCAAUAGGACCAAAAUAUCACCUCCCUCGGGACCCUAAACAAAUUACAAUUAUUAAAUAAAUAGAGUUUGAUGAAAAUUGGGAACCAAAUCAAGAAUUCACAUGUCACAUGUAAAUGCAAAGCAGAAUGAAGGUCACAAAAUCAUGCCAGCCUCAUCCAUAUUCACAUGUUGUAUCCUAUGCAUUUGUGCCAAACCCCUGUCAAUAUAUACCCUAACAAACUCUGUGCCAUAGGUGCCUUUUAACACCAAUUACAAUCAUGUCAUUCUCAAUUUUUUCUUCUUCUUCUCCUCCUCCAUUAUUAUCACUAUUGUCCCCUUUGCUAAGGUUUUUCCUAGGGUUUUUGGUGUUAUGCAUAGCUUUUGGUGGUACAACUACCGUUCCGACUAAAAUUGGGAAAGGUUACACCUUGACCUCCAUUGAAAAAUCCCCAAACGGUGGGCUUUUGGGCCUCCUCCAAGUGAAGGAGAAAAACAGCAUUUAUGGCCCUGACAUUCCCCUCUUGCAGCUCUAUGUGAAGCAUGAAACGGAUAACCGGCUAAGGGUACACAUCACAGACGCCACCAAACAGAGAUGGGAAGUUUCGUACAAUCUCCUCCCCAGAGAAAAUCCCCCUUCUCCCAAACAAGCCCUUACCGGAAACAAAUCCAGAAAGGACUCCAACGUCAAGCCCCCCUCCUCAUCGGAAUACGUCGGGAAGGACCUUGUCUUCGCCUACAAAUCCGACCCGUUCACCUUCUCCGUCCGGCGGAAAUCGGACGGCCAGAUCCUGUUCGACACCGAAUCGGGCGGAUCCGACCCGUACGGCGACAUGGUGUUCAAGGACCAGUAUCUGGAGCUGUCCACGAGGCUGCCUAAGGACGCAUCGCUGUACGGGCUGGGCGAGAACUCGCAGCCGCAGGGGAUUAAGAUCCGGCCGAACGAUCCGUACACGCUGUACACGAUGGACGUGUCGGCCAUCAAUCUGAACACGGAUCUGUACGGGUCGCACCCAGUGUACAUGGACCUGAGGAACGUCGGCGGGAAGGCCUACGCGCACGCGGUGCUGCUGCUCAACAGCAACGGGAUGGACGUGUUCUACAGGGGGGACUCGCUGACGUACAAGGUGAUUGGGGGCGUUUUCGACCUUUUCUUCUUCUCGGGGCCGACGCCGCUCGCCGUUGUGGAUCAGUACACGGAGCUCAUUGGCCGGCCGGCAGCUAUGCCGUACUGGGCUUUCGGCUUCCACCAAUGUAGAUGGGGUUAUCGCAACCUAUCCGUAGUCGAGGACGUGGUCGAAAAUUACCAAAACGCCCGAAUCCCUCUCGACGUGAUAUGGAACGACGACGACCACAUGGACGGCCACAAGGACUUCACCCUCAACCCGGUCAACUACCCUCGCCCGAAACUCCUCUCCUUCCUCGACAAAAUCCACGCGCGCGGCAUGAAAUACAUCGUCAUAAUCGACCCAGGCAUCGGCGUCAACUCCACCUACGGCGUCUACAACCGCGGCCUGGCCCGCGAUGUCUUCAUCAAGUACGCGGGCCGCCCUUUCCUAGCCCAAGUAUGGCCCGGCCCAGUUAACUUCCCGGACUUCCUCAACCCCACCACCGCCGACUGGUGGGCCGACGAGAUCCGCCGCUUCCAUGCCCUCGUCCCUGUCGACGGGCUCUGGAUCGACAUGAACGAGGCCUCGAACUUCUGUUCGGGCCUCUGCACUAUCCCGGAAGGCCGGAUUUGCCCUAACGGAACUGGGCCUGGCUGGGUUUGCUGCCUCGACUGCACCAACAUCACUAGCACGAGGUGGGACGACCCGCCGUACAAAAUCAACGCCUCCGGAAUACAAGCGCCGAUCGGGUACAAGACCAUAGCCACGAGCGCGUACCAUUAUAACGGCGUCUUGGAAUACGACGCGCAUAGUUUAUACGGUUUUUCGCAGUCGAUCGCGACGCACAAAGCUCUGAGAGGGCUCGAGGGGAAACGGCCUUUUAUCUUGUCGCGCUCGACUUACGUGGGAUCUGGCAAGUACGUGGCCCAUUGGACGGGGGACAACAAGGGGACAUGGGAGGAUUUGAGGUACUCGAUCUCGACCGUGCUUAACUUCGGGUUGUUCGGUGUACCGAUGGUUGGAUCCGAUAUAUGUGGGUUUUACCCUGCACCGACUGAGGAGCUCUGCAACCGUUGGAUCGAGGUUGGGGCUUUCUACCCGUUUUCGCGGGACCAUGCGAACUUCUACUCCCCGAGGCAAGAGCUUUACCAGUGGGCCUCGGUAGCCGAGUCGGCCCGAAACGCUCUAGGCAUGAGGUACAAGCUAUUGCCCUACUUCUACACGUUGAGUUACGAGGCGCACAUGACCGGGGCCCCGAUCGCUCGUCCCCUGUUCUUCACGUUCACGGACGAGCCCGAGUUAUACGGGUUGAGCACGCAGUUUUUGAUCGGGAAAAGCGUUAUGGUGUCCCCGGUGCUAGAACCGAACAAGACUGAGGUUCGGGCCUUGUUCCCGCGCGGUACGUGGUACGAUAUGUUUGAUAUGACAAGGGUGGUUUUUUCGAAAGAAACACGUUACGUUAUGCUAGAUGCACCGUUGCACGCGAUAAACGUGCAUUUGUAUGAGAGCACGAUAGUACCGAUGCAGAGGGGCGGGUUGAUAUCGAAGGAGGCGAGAAUGACGCCUUUUACCCUUGUGGUCGCGUUUCCGAUGGGAGCGGACGGGGGAAAGGCGAAGGGGAAUUUGUUUCUGGACGAGGAUGAGCUUCCGGAGAUGAGGCUCGGGAACGGGCGCUCGACUUACGUCGAGUUUCACGCGAAAGUUAGUGAUGGGACGGUGAAGGUGUGGUCGGAGGUGGAGGAGAGCGAGUAUGCAUUGGAGAAAGGGUGGAUUGUCGAGCGGGUGAUCGUGCUCGGGUUGAGUGGGACGGGGGCCGGGAGUGGGGUCGAGAUCGAAGUUGACGAGAAAGCGGUUAAUAACGGUGGUUCGAAGGUGGAAAUGAGUGCAAAGAGGCAUGAGCAUUUGGUGGAGUUGGGGGAGGAUGAAGGGGAGAGGAGGAGUAGUGUGAUGGUUGAGAUCAAGGGGCUUGAAUUGGCUCUGGGGAAGAAAUUUUCUCUGUCUUGGAAAAUGGGGAUCAGUGGUUGAAUUUGAGAUUUUGUUUUUGUGGGGGAGUUGCUAUUUGUUGUUUGUGGGGUUUUGUUUUGGUGUAUCCAUUUUCUGGGCUCAUUUAGAGGUAAAAUCUUGGCAAUUUUUGGAAAGUUAAAAGAAUGUUUUGAGUGUUGAUGAUGGAGGCUUUGAAUGGGCAGGAGAUGUUUUAUUAUGACUCUUUUUAUUCAUCCCUGUCAUUCAAAGCUAGGCAAAAGUGUCUGUUGUCUUUAUGGUUGAACGAAUUGAGUGAGUUUGGGGAAACUAUUGAAGAAUAAAAUGAAAUUCAAAUUGGUGCGACACCGUGAUUAGAUCAAUAUAUAUAUAUUUUUUUAUAAUACUCGACCAACAAAUAAAUCCCUAAAAAUAAUAUCUGUUCUUACAGUAUAUGUGGCAGUCGUGGUUUGGCAAAGCGAUCGUGAUAUUAGCGGGAAAAAGGACUUCUUGGGCCCAGCCCAUUAAAGAGUAUUUGGAAGGAAGAAGAAUCAAGCCCAGCCCACUCACCGGCACUGGCCACACCUUUUUGUCCCGCUCAAAAUAAGAAAAAAGAAAAUAUUUUUGCUCGUGUGAUGUACGAGUUGUAAUGAUAUACUCUAUAAAUUAAAUUAGUUAAUGAAUAUUGACUAAUAUGAUAAUACUAUUUAGUGCU